AUGACAGAUUUCGACUCCAGGUUCUACCAAUUUGACCAGUUCAAGCUCAAUACAGAGUUCGUCAACGGCUACCGGAAACAUGCCAUCCUUUAUAAAGGCGGGAUAAGAAUUGAAAGAUGGAGAAAAGUCAAUAUACUCGGAAAUGGUGCUAUUGGUACAGUAUGGCUGGAAAAAGAGGAGCAACAUGGAGACCUUAGAGCAGUGAAGCAGAUUCCUAGGUCUCAUAUCUUAAUGAACUUCAGGGAAUUAUUAGCUCUAAUCAAGCUGAAAGGAUAUAGCGAACACUUUGUGCAGUUCUUCGGGUGGUUUGAUAAUAACGAAAAUAUCUACCCCAGCAUGGAAUACGUCAAAUAUGGCGAUCUCUCUCGUCUUAUUGCCAGUCAAACCGUGUCCGAGAGAAUCUCGAGCGAUAUAACUAGGCAAUUACUCGAAGGUUUAAAAAUUAUGCACGCGCAUAAGUUUUGCCAUCGAGAUUUAAAGCCACAGAACAUUCUUGUGGCGUCACUGUCACCAAUCAGGGUUAAGAUCACUGACUUCGGUGUUUCAAAGAGAGCAGUAGAUGGCACGUCGUUUCAAACACAAGUGGGAACGAGUAGUUAUAUGGCCCCUGAGGUUUGGGGGUUUCUAGACUGCGAUACCUCGAUUUACACAUGCAGUGCUGAUAUAUGGUCCCUCGGUUGCCUAAUACAUACAAUGAUUACAGGAGGACCGCCAUUUCCGAAGACAAAAUCUCUUAUAAAUUAUAUUCAACACCGAAUAUCAUUUCCUGAAAACGAAUUGAUAGAGAAGGAAAUAAGCUUAGCUGCGAUAAGGUUCAUCAAAAACUUGGUUAUGCCGCAGCCAAAAGAUAGGUUGAACGCGGACGAAGCGCUUAAAGACCAGUGGUAUAUUGUUGGAGAAGGGGAGAAGAGAUUGACGAGGGAAAUCAAGAGCACGAAACAAAAAAGAAUAAAGGAGAAUGAGAGGCAGGCUGGUUGGGAAUGGGAGGGAAGGGUGGGGAAAUGUGAAUCAGGCGGUGAAAAUGUUCCUGCUGGAUUAACAAACUCUCCUCAGCCUGAUAGGCCCAAUGAAGAGGAGGCGAAGAAGGAAAAAAAGGAGGCGAGUGACUGCGGAGCCACACGGGGCGAGGACGUCUGGGAAUCAAAUUCACUGAUACAUUCGGCUUCCGACUCAAGGAGCACGGGGGAAUCUCCGACUGUAGGAAUGAGCCAAGAUAGUAGAUUUGAAAGAUUCACAUUCAACGUAUAUGUCCGUGGGGACGGUAUGGACGGGCAUGGAGAGCCCGCCCGACCGCAGAGCAACCGCAAUCUACGAACAACAGUCGAAGAUGUCUCAGAUGGAGAAGAAGAGUCCCUUAGGAACCAACCCCCCAAUUACCUUCCUGAUAGACAAAAUAACGCUUGGGAUGAACCACCACCAAUUAUCAUCCACUCUCAUUCACCCUCACCCUCUCCUCCUCACAACAAGGAUCCCCCGGGGAUCCGUGAUUACAAUAUUCAUAGGGGGUCCUUUCAACCCUUUCGGCCAGGGACCAACAUGCCUAUAAACCCAACGCAACCGCAGCAUCAAAGCUAUAGACCUCAAUCUUCAGAUCCCGGGUACGAUGAAAGUGAAACCCACUCUAGAGAACUAAACUCAAGCACUCGACCCGGUUAUUUCGAGAGUCGCGCAAAAGAGAGAAAACUCCUUUUGUCAGUAAAAAUGAGGAUAGCAUCGUGCACAGAUCCAGAGUAUAAUAAAACGCGAAGAACAUUACAUGAGGCUGUCGCUAAAGGCGACUUUGAUAUGGUUUCGAUUCUACUUGCUGAGGGAGCAGACCUUGAAGCGAUGAACGAUGAUGGAUUAACACCGUUGCAUAUGGCGGUUAUUGUAGGGCAAGAGUGGAUAGUAGUGCUGCUGCUGGAUGCUGGCGCAAAGAUCAAUGCAGAAACUUCUAACGAGGAGAAACCACUGCAUUUGGCAAUCAAGAAAAACGAUAAGGUGAUGACGGGAGUGCUGCUAGAUAGUGGCGCGGAUAUUCAUGGAAAGUACUCAGAUGGAUCAACAACAUUACAUGGAGCAGCUUGGGCAGGGAAGGCCUGGGCAGUUGAAAUGUUGCUGGAUUUCGGCGUCGAUGUUAACGCACAAAAUACUCUUGGACACACAGCACUGAGUUUUGCAAUGAAGAAUCAGAACUUUACCGCGGCGAAAAUUCUGCUGGAUCGCGGGGCAAAUAUCAAUUUUGCUCGUAGGGAUGGACAUACACUACUAUUCGAUGUUAUCCGUGCUGGCUCCAAUGCGGCAAUUAGAUUUCUUUUAGCAGAAGGCGCAGAUUUUACAAUAGCAGCGAAUAACGGUGACAUAGCACUACACGUAGCAGCUAAAGAGGGUUUGGGUGGCGCCGUGCUUUUACUGUUAGAGUUUGGGGAUAACGUUAGGAAGGCAUCUCCCAGUGGAGUCACACCUCUCCAUUUGGCCGCCUGGACGGGAGAUCGGAGAAUGAUUGAGUUGCUUCUUCAGCAUGGAGCAGAUCCUACGGCGAGAGAUUGUAAUGGCUGGACACCUCAUUACCUACAAGCAGCUAGAUCAAGGGGCGAAGAUAUAACGGAGGCCAUAACCGCUGAGAGAACAGAUGAAGGAUUACUUACGGAAGGAGCAAUAUUGAGCAUAGACAUCGUUCAUAAAUCCCAAACCCAUGCGGCUGGCCGGACCGCAGUUCGUGAAUAG